AUGUCCGACGCGAAUCACUGCCAUUUGCCAACCUUCAACGAUGAAACUUCGGUUUAUGAAGGAACUCAAGGAUGUUUAAAUAUACUGUAUAAAUUGUUGUUAAUGGCCAAAUUAGAACCACCGCCAAAUGUGAUUAAUGAGUUUAACCCAAAUGAGAUUGUGCGUGAUCCAAGUCGUAGGAAACAAAUUAAUGAGUAUGAUUCGGAUAUUCAAGACCGAGUGAGGAAGAAACCUGAUAGGGCCGAACACUUUGGUUUUGAAGUCUUCACUAAAAGCGGAUAUAAAGAUUGGAAGCAUGCAUCUCAAUGCUUGAAAGAUCAUGUUGGUAGUCAUAAUAGUUUGCACGACUCAUGUGUCAAGCACUACGAUGAUUAUAACAAUCAAAUACAAAGUGUGGCAAAUUGUUCAAGAUAUCUCAUUGCACAAGACACGACUUUUCGUGGCCAUGAUGGAUCCUUGAUUUCUCUAAACAAGGGUAAUUUUAGAGAGAUGGUAGAUUGGGUGAAAUCUAAGAAUGAACAAGUGAGGGAUACUUUUUACCGUGAUGAGUCACAUGGUAUAUCCGUCAAAGAGCAAAUGACGGUGAUGUUGAGGUUUGUGAAUGACAAAGGGAAUGUUAUGGAACGAUUUAUUGCUUUACAUCAUGUCAAAGAUACUACAUCUGAGUCAUUAAAGGAUGCUCUUUAUGGUAUUUUUGAUAAGUACAUAUCAUCUAUUUCAAGGAUACGAGGGCAAGGAUAUGAUGAAGCUUCAAAUAUGAGAGGUGAAUUUAAUGGCUUACAAAGAAAUAUUCUAGAUAAAAACCCUUAUGCUUUCUAUGUCCAUUGUUUUGCUCACCGUUUGCAAUUGGUUGUUUUGUCUGUUGCUAGUAAAUGCUCAUCUAUUCGUGAUUUCUUGGAGUACAUCUCCUUGAUUGUGACCACAACAAGUGCAUCUUGUAAGAGGAAGGAUGCUUUGACGGAGGCAUAA